AUGAAUGAUACGCUGGUUAACAAUGAGACGGGGAGGUUCGAGUGGAGUUGGAACUCCUCAGCGUCAUUCUUGUACGGUGGACUUGCUCCAAUUUUUGGAGUGGUUUUGUUGGCGUUACUUGUGGUGGCGUGUUCACGGCGUCGAAGGUCUCAAACACACGGUGGUGACGAGAGCAGGUGGAGAGGGGUAACAACCGCACAAGGUGAUGAAGAAAACCCUAACAUUUUGGUAAUCGUUGCCGGAGAAGACCACCCCACUCAUUUGGCCAAACCCCUCUCUUCCACUCAUCACGUGUGA